AGAAUAGUUGGAGAUGGUAGCAGACUGACGCGACUUUGUUGAAGGUAUGGCUGAUGGCGAUCUUCGGAUGCGUUGGGCGGACGUUUCUUGACAGUGGUCGUGCAGAGAUGGUUGGUCAUUGAAGGUUGGGCAUAAUAGUGGUCAUCGAAGAUGGUGACCGAAUGUUGCUUGACCACGAUCUCCAUAGAUGACGGUUAAAAGUUGCUCGACAUCAGUCAUAAAAAGUGGUGGGAUUUAAGACAUCAGUCUUAAAUAAAUUUCAAAACAUACAAACAAAAACAAUAUUCUACCCAACUAAACUUCAACCUUAGAACGAAAAAAAACGUUAGUAUCCAUUCUCAAGGAAAAAGAGAGAAACUUAAGAGGGGAAGAGACAUUAAAUCAAGAAUUACUAAUAAUAAAAAACGUAAAAAAUGAAAACAAUAAAAAAUAGAAUUUAAUAUUAUAACUGGGAUUAAAAGGCUUAAUUCAACAUGAAUUUUUAGAUUAUGAGUGAUUUCUGGCGAUAUGAUUGUCGUUGAGAAAACGACAAGUGUGGGCCCCAUUAAAUAAUAUCUAUUUAUCCACUCACGUGACACGUCGAUCCCUUUUCACCGCUGAAAUAUUCUCCUCGAUUCCCCAACUUCACAUCACAGCCCCACGAUCCCCAUCCCAAUCAAACGGUCCCAUCCACCCAAUCUUUCCACUCCCACCGACAUUAUUACAAAACGUCAAGAAAACUUUUUCCCCCCGCCCCCCCCCCCCCCCCCCUCACUCCUACUGAAGCUCUGGCCAUGGCCGCACAACACCAGACCUUCGAACUUCGAACAAGAUAAUGUGCAAAUAGAGAGAGAGAGAGUGUGUGUGUGUGUGGGCAAAUGUGAAGCUCCGACUCAGUAUAUGUAAUAUAUAAAUGUAAAACUUCCUGAACAUAUUACAUAUUCUCUAAAACCUUCUUUCAGAAAUCACUUGCAGCGCAAAUAUGGAGUUUUCGGCGACGGCACUGUCCGCAUUUUUGGUUUUUCAUGUUUUCGUUGCACUGGCUUCACCGGACUGUAACUUUCCAGUGAUUUUCAACUUCGGUGAUUCGAAUUCCGAUACUGGCGCCAUCUCCGCUGCUUUCGAGCCCAUUCGAUGGCCCUAUGGUGAUGUAUUCUUCAACAAGCCAUCCGGAAGGGAUAGUGAUGGUCGUCUGAUCAUUGAUUUCAUCGCCGAGAAGUUGAGAUUGCCGUAUUUGAGUGCUUAUCUGAAUUCGCUUGGUGCUAAUUUCCGGCACGGCGCCAAUUUCGCUACCGGGGGAUCGACUGUACGGAAGCCGAAUGAAACGAUUUAUGAAUAUGGAAUUAGUCCGUUUUUUCUUGAUAUGCAGGUUACACAGUUUGAACAAUUCAAAGCUCGCUCCAAUGAUCUCUACAAUCAAGCCAAGAACCCAUAUGACAGAGAGAAACUUACAAGACCAGAGGAUUACUCCAAAGCACUCUACACUUUUGAUAUUGGGCAGAAUGAUUUAGCUGUUGGGUUUAGAAAGCUGAGCAUUGAUCAACUUCGUGCUGCUUUGCCUGACAUCGUUAACCAGUUUGCCUCUGCAAUUCAAAGAAUAUACAAGCUAGGAGGGAGAUCAUUUUGGAUACACAAUACAGGGCCAUUUGGUUGCCUCCCAGUCAACCAAUUUUACAAUCUGAACCCUCCCCCUGGCAUCCUUGAUGAGCAUGGUUGUAUCAAGGCUCAAAAUGAUAUUUCAAUGGAGUUAAAUAAUCAGCUCAAAGCAAAAUUGGACAAGCUUAGGGCAGAGCUCCCGGAUGCUGCCAUUACCUAUGUGGAUGUCUAUGCUGCCAAGUAUGCUCUAAUCAGCAACGGCAAAACUCAAGGGUUUCCGGAACCACUCAAAGUAUGUUGUGGGUACCAUGUGAGGUAUGACCAUGUGUGGUGUGGGACAAAAGCACCCAUAAAUGGAAGGUUGGUGUUUGGAGAUGCAUGUGAAAACAGAGCUCAAUAUGUGAGUUGGGAUGGAGUCCAUUACUCUGAGGCUGCUAAUCACUUUGUUGCAAAUCACAUUCUCAAUGGGGCAUUAUCAAGCCCUCCUAUUCCAAUCACACAAGCAUGCCAUAGAAAUUAAAAUAUUAAUUGAUGGGUAAUAUUGAAGUUCUACUACUAUAUUGAGCAUGUAUUUUUGUAUUUGUAGUAACUAAAUAAAAACUUGGAACUUCUGAGUUCUUGGUUUUUCUUUUUGAAGUGUUGCUUUAGAAGUGAAAUACUUCAUUUAUUAAAAUUAAAUAAAUUGCUUAUAUAUGCCUUGUGUA